UUUGUUUUGGACAUAUUUGGAUACUUGGAAAAAUUAUUUUAAAAAAAUUUAGAAAAAAAUAUAUAUUCUGAAAUGAACUCUAAAAUAUUCGAUGAUUUAGAUCAGCAUAUAAACUAUUACCAGCGCCCAGCUAGAAAAGGUGAUGAUUCCGCGUUAAAUAUAUUCGGCGAUUCAGUCAAGGCAAGUUCUAUUAACCUGGACAGGUCAAUUAUCAUAGAUCGACCUUAUGAAUUUUCGAAUGAGAUAAAUGACACAAAUAUGACCAGCCCGAAAAUAGACGAUCAAAAUAUCAAAAAUGACCCCAUUAUAGCUGACAAUGACAAUAUAAAUUCAGAUCAUAUGGAACAAGUGGGAAAAGAAGAAUUAAUUGAUUCAAAGGGAACGGAAGGAAAGUUCGAAGAAGGAGAUCCGCAUGAGGGAAUUGAUUCUUUUACUAGCAUGACAUCGUCUAAGUACGUCAACAGAGGUGGAGCCGCAUCCGAGACAAACUAUAUAAAAAAUCAGAGAGGUAUGUAUAAUCCCAUCACAGGAGAAGGUUACGAUUAAUGGUAGAUAUGGAAUACUAACUUGCCAUUUAGAUCUAUUUCAUAUAUUAGUUAUUUUAGAAUUUAAAAAACCUAUUUUUGUAAUAAUAAUA